AUGCAGAUCACCAAUGCGUUUUAUUUUGCGUUGCUAACUAUUGCAAUAACUGCGAGCUGUGCACAAGUAGAACCUAGAAACCAACUUCAGGAACAAGACCUUAUCGAAGAAAAAUUAGGAAAGCAAGUGACUAAGAGACAUGCACCUAUGAUUAUCAAAUACAUUCCCAUGCGACCUAUCUACAAUCGUAGACCCAAUGUGAUUUACAGGAGAAUAUCGAGUCAAAAUUACAGAAGUCCGAAACCCAGAUAUGGGAUAACUCGAACAAAGUAUCACUCUUUAAAACCUAGCAGAAAAUACAUCCCUAAAUAUGGGCCAAGCUAUUAUAAGCACCCACCAAAAAUGCGUUACAAUUAUAACAAAGCUUCAAGCUACAAACCGGCAUAUGGUCAACAAAAAAGAAACCCCACCUACUACGUCACUCCAGAACCACUGGGAUUUGGAGAGCCACCAACAGACUAUAUGGUUGAUUAUCACUUUCCAAAAGUAACUUAUGCAGAACCUGCAGUGAACUCUUACAGAAACCCUAUAAAAUCAGCAACAAGUGAUGCUUACUUAACAUCUCAUAUAUUUUCAGAUCCCAUUGAUUUAGAUGACCAUGAUUUUGCGGGAGAGGCUUUAAAAUCAUGGCAAGCUUAUCACCUAGACGGUUUAGAUUUAAACUAUGCCGCUUCUGACAAGCGUCCAUCAUUUAUAAGAAAGCCAGAAUACGAAAAUCCAUUAGAUUCAGAUGACGACAUGAAUUCUUAUUCAGAUAUUUAUGAAUACGAAAAGAGACAUGAAAUGAAUAAUCACAAAAAUAACAAGAAAAAAUCAAAACCUAUCGAUACUACAAAAGUUAUGGAUAGGCCGUGGAAUACUAAAGAAACAAACGAAAGGAAUCUGCCUGAAGAUCAGGUAGUAGUCGGAGGCAGAUAUGCUGAACCACCUGCAAGAUAUGUGCCUAAAUUUCACUUCAAUAGUCCGAUGACAUCUGAUGAUGAAGACUUUGCUCCAGCUGAAGAAACUGUAGACCCAGACGUUGCAUCAUCAGCAAAGAUUUCAUCAUAUGUCAAUUAUAAGAAUAGCAACGUGGCUUUUAGCCCUCAGAACCUUAAUGAUGCAUUUAGUAUAGUUGAUUAA